CUGGGCCAGGCUAAUAUUAACAGUUGAGUCACAGAGCUGGGGGGGUGGGCUUUGAGAGGAUCAUUCUGGAAAACUGUUUCUAACUAUAAAAGGGACGAGUCAGUCCACUUGUGAUCAGAAGAAGAACCACAGAGGUGAAAACGCAGGACAAGCUGUCUCAACAAGUCCCAGCCACAGACUUGAAGAACAAGCAAGAUGUCUUCUGCUAAAGGCAUAUCCAUUGGCAUCGAUUUGGGAACCACCUACUCGUGUGUUGCGGUUUUCCAGCAUGGCAAGGUGGAGAUUAUAGCCAACGACCAGGGCAACAGGACCACCCCCAGCUAUGUGGCCUUCACUGACACCGAGAGACUCAUCGGGGAUGCGGCCAAGAACCAAGUCGCUAUGAAUCCUACCAACACGAUCUUUGACGCCAAACGGCUCAUCGGCAGGAAAUGCAAUGAUCCGGUCGUACAGUCCGAUAUGAAGCUCUGGCCUUUCAAAGUGAUCAAUGACAAUGGGAAGCCCAAAGUUGAGGUAGAUUAUAAAGGCGAGCUCAAAUCCUUCUUUCCAGAGGAGAUCUCCUCUAUGGUCUUGGUUAAAAUGAAGGAGAUAGCAGAAGCUUACCUGGGACAAAAGGUGUCCAACGCAGUCAUCACAGUUCCAGCUUACUUCAAUGACUCUCAGAGGCAAGCCACCAAGGAUGCAGGGGUGAUUUCUGGACUCAACAUUCUGAGGAUCAUCAACGAGCCCACGGCGGCAGCCAUCGCUUACGGUUUGGAUAAAGGCAAACAAGGAGAGCGCAACGUUCUCAUCUUUGACCUGGGCGGUGGAACGUUCGAUGUGUCCAUCCUUACCAUUGAGGACGGCAUCUUUGAGGUGAAAUCCACCGCGGGGGACACGCACCUUGGCGGUGAGGACUUUGACAACCGCAUGGUCAACCACUUCGUGGAAGAAUUCAAAAGGAAACAUAAGAAGGACAUCAGCCAGAACAAGCGAGCGGUGAGGAGGCUGCGUACAGCUUGUGAGCGAGCCAAGAGGACUCUGUCCUCCAGCACGCAAGCUAACAUCGAGAUCGACUCUCUGUUUGAAGGUAUUGACUUCUACACCUCCAUCACAAGGGCACGCUUUGAGGAGCUGAACUCUGAGCUCUUUAGGGGAACACUGGAGCCAGUUGAGAAGGCCCUGCAAGACGCCAAGCUAGAUAAGGCAAAGAUCAACGACAUUGUCCUGGUUGGUGGUUCCACAAGAAUCCCAAAGAUCCAGAAACUUCUGCAAGAUUUUUUUAACGGGAGAGACCUAAAUAAAAGCAUCAACCCUGAUGAAGCGGUGGCCUAUGGCGCUGCAGUCCAAGCCGCUAUUCUCAUGGGGGACACCUCAGAGAACGUCCAAGAUCUGCUCCUGCUGGACGUGGCUCCUCUGUCUCUCGGGAUUGAGACCGCAGGUGGAGUGAUGACGCCUCUGAUCAAGCGCAACACCACCAUCCCCACCAAGCAGACCCAGAUCUUCACCACAUACUCAGACAAUCAACCAGGGGUGCUGAUUCAGGUCUAUGAGGGCGAGAGAGCCAUGACCAAGGACAACAACCUUCUGGGCAAAUUUGAGCUCACAGGCAUCCCUCCAGCUCCCAGGGGGGUUCCACAGGUGGAGGUCACUUUCGACAUUGACGCCAACGGCAUUUUAAACGUGUCCGCCGUGGACAAAAGCACCGGCAAAGAGAGUAAGAUCACCAUCACCAACGACAAGGGCCGUCUCAGCAAGGAGGAGAUCGAGAAGAUGGUGCAAGACGCGGAAAAGUACAAAGCCGACGAUGACGUGCAGAGGGACAAGAUCGCGGCCAAGAACUCACUGGAGUCGUACGCGUACAACAUGAAGAGCAGCGUGGAGGACGAGAACGUGAAGGGAAAGAUCAGCGAGGAGGAUAAAAAGGUGAUCUUGGACAAGUGCGCGCAGGCAAUCUCGUGGCUGGAGAAGAACCAGCUGGCCGAGAAAGAGGAGUACGAGCACCAGCUGAGGGAAUUAGAGAAUGCAUGCAAGCCUAUCAUCAGUAAGCUCUAUCAAGGAGCGCCACCAGGAGGUUGCAACAGUCAGGCUGGAGGCAGCACAAAGGGCCCCACUAUUGAGGAAGUGGACUAAAAGACUAUUUUAAUGCUUGUCAAACUUACUCACAUUGGCCACAACAUUAGGUGCACCUGCACAAUGUGGCAUUAUCCAAUACAAAAGCUGUAUCAAAAAUUCAGCCUUUGCAAAGAUAAUUAUUUCUUAAAGCAUUAAAUUAUUCCUGUGAUUUGCUGUGGUGUACAAUUGUACUGCAUCAUAUUGAUAAGUGUAAUGUUUUCAUCAUUGGUAUAUAAUUUUAGGCUUGGCAUGAUAUCCAAAUCGCAGCUGUUAAUGUCCUUGAAACAAUAAAAAUGUGUUAUAA